UGAAGAAAAUUGACGUCAUUGUCAUUUAUAAUUCCUUUAUUUUUUCCAAUGGCGAAUGAGUAAUUUUUAAUUAAUCCUUGAAAACUAACAAAGUAGACUUAUGGCUAGUGGUACAACAUUACAAAAAGCAAUUGAUUUGGUUACAAGAGCCACAGAAGAAGAUAAAAAUAAAAACUAUGCUGAAGCACUACGAUUGUAUGAACAUGCAGUAGAAUAUUUUUUGCAUGCUAUUAAAUAUGAGGCACAAGGCGAUAAAGCAAAAGAUUCAAUACGAGCGAAAUGUUUGCAGUAUUUAGACAGAGCUGAAAAAUUGAAGGAAUAUUUAAAGAAAGGAAAGAAAAAACCUGUUGCUGAAGGAGAAAAUUCAAAAGAAGAUAAAGGAAAAAAAAGCGACUCUGAUUCGGAUGAUGAGGAUCCAGAAAAGAAAAAAUUACAAGCUAAGCUUGAAGGAGCUAUUGUUAUAGAAAAACCAAAAGUAAAGUGGUCGGAUGUAGCAGGUUUGGAAGCUGCAAAAGAAGCUUUGAAAGAGGCUGUAAUUCUGCCGAUAAAGUUUCCUCAUUUAUUUACUGGAAAAAGAAUUCCAUGGAAAGGAAUUUUAUUGUUUGGACCACCAGGUACUGGUAAAUCAUACUUAGCAAAAGCUGUUGCGACUGAAGCAAAUAACUCUACAUUUUUCUCUGUAUCAAGUUCUGAUUUAAUGUCUAAAUGGUUAGGUGAGUCUGAAAAAUUAGUUAAGAAUUUGUUUGACUUGGCUCGUCAACACAAACCAAGUAUUAUUUUUAUUGAUGAAGUUGACUCCAUGUGUUCAGCAAGAUCUGAUAAUGAAAAUGACAGCGUCAGAAGAAUUAAAACCGAAUUUUUAGUGCAAAUGCAAGGUGUUGGCCACGAUAACGAUGGUAUUCUUGUUUUAGGAGCUACUAACAUUCCGUGGGUGUUAGAUUCAGCUAUACGAAGACGUUUUGAAAAGCGUAUUUAUAUUCCGUUACCAGAACAACAUGCUAGGUUAAUCAUGUUUAAAAUUCAUUUGGGAAAUACUGCGCAUACAUUAAGCGAAAAUGAUCUGAAAGUAUUGGCAUCAAAAACAGAUGGAUAUUCUGGUGCCGAUAUAUCUAUUGUUGUGCGGGAUGCUCUCAUGGAGCCUGUACGAAAAGUUCAAUUAGCCACGCAUUUCAAAAGAGUAAGUGGUCCUUCUCCUUUAGACCCUUCAGUUAUUUGUGACGAUCUAUUAACUCCAUGUUCCCCGGGAGAUCCUGGAGCCACAGAAAUGACAUGGGUUGAAGUGCCUGGGGAAAAGCUAUAUGAGCCUAGAGUUGGAAUGAGUGACAUGCUAAAGUCACUUUCACGUACAAAACCUACUGUUAACGAUGAAGAUUUAACAAAACUACGAAAGUUUACAGAAGAUUUUGGUCAAGAAGGGUGAAAAAAAUAUACUUUUCACAAGUACCAUUAUUUUGAACAUCAACAUUAUGUUUAUUGUUAAAAUAUGUCUUAAAGCUUUGAAUAAAAAUUAAUUAUUUCUGUAAUUUAA